GGGACCGGCAGCGGGGCACGGCCGGCAAAUUAGCAGCUGUCACUCAGCGCCGAGCAGGCGGCGCCGGCCUCGGCCAGGUACCGGCCCCGGGGGCCGCCCGCCGCAGCCCCGCCGCAAGCCCCCGCCCCGGUGCGCAACAGGUGACGGGGCCGGGAGUGCCGGGGCUCGACGGAACAAUGCAGCCCUCGGCGGCCUCGACCGGGUUGCGGGGCUGAGCCCCGUCCCGCCGCCACCGCCCGGCCCUAUGGCCCCGCAGGGCCGGUCCUGAGUGCCUCCGUCCCACCAGGACGUGCCGGCUGGUCGAGAGAAGCUGAGAAACCGAGGCAGUGCCGCGCCGCCCCCCCGGGCGCUCUUCCCGCGCCGCCGGGCCCCGGGCUCCCGGCCCCGCACCGGCGCCGUGAUGGACCCCUGCUCCUCGCUCUUCAGCUACGUGUUAAUGCACUUGUUCGUACUCUGCCUGCAAGCCCAGGUAACUGUUCAGUCCCCACCUAAUUUUACACAGCAUGUGAGGGAGCAGAGCCUGGUGACGGAUCAGCUCAGCCGGCGGCUCGUCCGUACCUACCAGCUGUACAGUCGGACCAGUGGGAAACAUGUGCAGAUCUUGGACAACAAGAAAAUCAAUGCGAUGGCAGAGGAUGGGGAUGUGCACGCCAAGCUCAUUGUGGAGACCGACACCUUUGGGAGCCGCGUGCGCAUCAAGGGGGCAGCUACAGGCUUCUACAUCUGCAUGAACAAGAAGGGGAAGCUGAUCGGCAAGAGCAAUGGCAAAGGCAAGGACUGUGUCUUCACAGAGAUCGUGCUGGAGAACAACUACACAGCGUUGCAGAAUGCCAAGUAUGAGGGCUGGUACAUGGCCUUCACCCGCAAGGGUCGCCCGCGGAAGGGCUCCAAGACCCGGCAGCACCAACGGGAGGUGCACUUCAUGAAGAGGCUUCCCAAGGGACACCAGACCACCGAGCCCCACAGACGCUUCGAGUUCCUCAACUACCCCUUCAACCGGAGAAGUAAAAGGACUAGAAACUCUAGCUCCAGGGUGGGUCCUUGAUGUGCCUCUUUUUGCUCACCCUGCCUACACCCCUCCUGGAGGCCUCUCUUCUGAGUCGGUCUACUGUGUGUAGAGACUUUCCCACAUGGGUAUUAAACAAAACUAAACAAAAAAACACACACAAAAAAAAAAAGG